AUUUGAUUAGAUUUUGGGAUCGAUCGGGUCAAAGGUCAAGGUCAUGAAAAGGUCAAAAUCUUCUUUUUACCAUAGCGCGGUCAACUUUUAUCCAAUUGGCAUGCAACUAAUGCCAAAAUGUGGCGACGGUAUGCGCUCUACCGAGUGCCCGUUCUAGUUCUCUGUUUUAUUGCAGUCUUGUUCUGACAUGCAAACUGAACUGUGUUGCAGACAAAGAGUCAAAAUGAAGAAAACCCUGGAAGGUGCGUUGGCGCUCUGACCCUAGCGGGUGGCGUUAAUCCCUCAAAUUGCACUUCCAGGUUUUUACUUUCACUGACGCUCGUAGCGACGCGCCCCAGCAGAGAUAAUAAGCCCCGUACGUUUUUGUUCGGCUCUCAUCGCGCUUCAGUUCAGGAAAGCCGAGUCUGACUCUUACGCUAUUUAUGCAGGAAUGUCGAGAUGCAUUGUGGGUAGUAUUUGGUGGAUAUAAGUACUAUAGGUGCUGUGGCCUUUUAGGAUGUCACACAUCAAACUAGUGUUUUAGAUUACAAAUACUCCUCUUUUUUCUGAUAGUUUUAAUAUGAAUUGCACAAUAAAGACGAGCCUGAAAUCUUAUGAAUGCAAAAUCUCCAAAUUUAACAGAAACUUAACGGCAUGUUUAGUUCACUGCCUGAAUGUUUUUAAAAGCUGCCUAAUGGACCUUCUCUCUGUAACGUGGGGGCAAAGUUAUUUACAUGUAAUCUUGUAAAAUAAAGUGUUGAUGAUAAACUUUAAAUAAAUACAGUUGUACAGAUGUUUUCUUAAUAAAACACAAUUAAAACUACCAAUGACAACAUUUGUUUUAAUCAAUAAUAUUUGGUUAUUUUAAUCUAGAAUUAAAAAAAUAAUCUUAAGAAUAAUCAGCUAAUUAGUUUUUGAAAAAAUAAUUACAAAUAUAUUAUUAAGUGCAGCCCUAUUGAACAGUUGGUCUUCUUACAUAUUGUGUUUUUAAAUGAUUGUUUUGAGUGGGUGUGUGGGUGGGUGGUUGGGUGUGUGUGGUUGACGUCAUCUUUUUUUCUCCCCACCACUAGUGAAGUCGACGGUGGGACAACCAUCUGCCAGCUUGACUCCCCGAGCUGUCGCACAUCAACUUAAAGGGAGAGGGAGGUGGCGCUCUGUUGAUUGCGCAACUGCACACGACAUUUAACUUUUAGGGCAAAAAGCUGGUGAAUCCUACGAGGUGGUGGAAUACUGUGUGUCGUAAAAAGUCUGAUUCAAUGUCAAAGUUUGUGCAGAAUGCUGUUAAAUCUUAAUAAUGUGGAUAUUUUCUGAAGGAAUAUUUCUGCAGUACAUUAUCUGAUAAUAAUCUGCCCAAUUUAUGACCAGAACUUUUAAACUGCUGACAUGACUACGUUGUUCCUCGUUCUUUACGUUCCUUUUCUGUCAUUACUAGAACGCUGUAACGAUGUUGCUCCCGUGUCCCCGUUCCUUAGUUCAUCGGUUUGGAUCAAUAAUCGGAUUUUCUGAGAAAUCGAUGUUACGAACACAAGCAGUACAGAAACGGGCUGAAGUUCUGCAAACAGAUUCUCUCCAACCCCAAGUUUGCAGAGCAUGGAGAGACCCUGGCCAUGAAGGGAUUGACCCUGAACUGUCUGGGGAAGAAGGAAGAGGCCUACGACCUGGUGAGGAGAGGCCUGCGCAAUGACCUCAAGAGCCACGUCUGCUGGCACGUGUACGGCCUCCUGCAGCGCUCCGACAAGAAGUACGACGAGGCCAUCAAGUGUUACCGCAACGCUCUGAAGUGGGACAAGGACAACCUGCAGAUCCUCCGAGACCUGUCGCUGCUGCAGAUCCAGAUGCGGGACCUGGAGGGCUACAGGGAGACGCGCUACCAGCUGCUGCAGCUGCGCCCCGCACAGCGGGCCUCCUGGAUCGGCUACGCCAUCGCCUACCACCUCCUGGAAGACUACGAGAUGGCCGCCAAGAUCAUCGAAGAGUUCCGGAAAACACAACAGACGUCUCCAGACAAAGUGGACUACGAGUACAGCGAGCUGCUGCUGUACCAGAACCAGGUGCUGAGGGAAGCGGGCCUGUACAAGGAGGCUCUGGAGCAUCUGUCCAGCUACGAGAAGCAGAUCUGUGACAAGCUGGCUGUGGAGGAGACUCGAGGAGAGCUGCUGCUGAAGUUGGAGCGUCUGGACGAAGCCACAGAGGUCUACCGCCGGCUGCAGGAGAGGAACCCAGAGAACUGGUCCUAUUACCGCGGCUUGGAAAAUGCCCAAAAGCCAGGCGGCGUAGAAGAGAGACAAAAGAUCUAUGAAGACGCCUGGGAGAAGUUCCCUAAAGGACUGGUUCCUCGCCGACUGCCCCUCAACUUCCUCUCCGGCGAGAAGUUCCGAGAGUGCCUGGACCGGUAUCUGCGGUUGAACUUAAGCAAAGGCUGUCCGCCGGUCUUCACCACGCUAAAAUCACUGUACAGCAACAAAGAAAAGGUGUCAAUCAUAGAAGAGUUGGUCGUCAGCUAUGAAACCACUUUGAAAAGCUGCCGAAUGUUCAACCGGAACGAUGACGGCAAGGAGGAGCCGCCCACCACGCUGCUGUGGGUGCAGUACUUCCUGGCGCAGCACUACAACGUUAUCGACCAACAGACACUGGCUCUGGAAUACAUCAACGCGGCCAUCGAGAGCACGCCGACGCUCAUCGAGCUGUUCCUCAUAAAGGCGAAGAUUUACAAGCACGCCGGCAACAUCAAAGAGGCGGCGCAGUGGAUGGACGAGGCCCAGGCUCUGGACACCGCCGACCGGUUCAUCAAUUCCAAGUGUGCCAAGUACAUGCUGAAGUCCGGCAUGGUCAAAGAGGCCGAGGAGAUGUGCUCCAAGUUCACCAGGGAGGGGGCGUCGGCCGUGGAGAACCUCAACGAGAUGCAGUGCAUGUGGUUCCAGACGGAGUGCGCGCUCGCCUACAAGUCCAUGAACCGGUUCGGAGACGCCCUGAAGAAGUGCCACGAGAUCGAGAGGCAUUUUGUGGAGAUCACAGACGACCAGUUUGACUUCCACACGUACUGCAUGAGGAAGAUGACGCUGCGCUCCUACGUGGACCUGCUGAAGCUGGAGGACGUGCUCCGCAUGCACCCCUUCUACUACAAGACGGCCGUCUGCGCCAUCCAGAUCUACCUGAGUCUCCAUGACAACCCGCUGACCGACGACAGCAAGGAGCUGCAGGCGGAGACCGCCAACUUCUCGGACAAAGAGCUGAAGAAGCUGAGGAACAAGCAGCGGAGGGCCCAGAAGAAGGCCCAGCUGGAGGAGGAGAAGAAGAUCGCGGAGAAGGAGAAGCAGCUCAAGAACCAGAAGAAGAAGAAGGAGGACGACGACGAGGAGAUCGGAGGACCCAAGGAGGAGCUGAUUCCUGACAAGCUCGUCAAGGUCGAGUAUCCUCUGGAAGAAGCCGUGAAGUUCCUGAUUCCUCUCAAACAUCUGGUGAAGGACAAAAUCGACACGCACCUCCUGGCCUUCGAGAUAUACUUCAGAAAAGAGAAAUACCUGUUGAUGCUCCAGUCCGUGAAGAGGGCGUUGGCCAUCGCCCCCGGCCACCCGUGGCUCCACCAGUGUCUAGUCCGCUUCUUUAAAGGAGUCUCCGAGAGCACGGAGCUGCCCGUGGUGGUCCGGACGGUCCUGAAGCAGGAGAUCACCCGGCUGUUCGGAGACAGCAAUGCCAUGAGCUUCAACCAGGCCUACCUCACUAAGCACUCGAACUCCAUACCACACCGACUGGCCGCUGCGAAGAUGAUGGUGCAUCUGGACUCAUCGACGGAGACGAAGGCCGCGGCGCUCGCCAGCGCUCUCGACGAGUCCCUGAACAACAGAAGCAUACAGAUCUGCACGGAGGUCCUGGAGUGUCUCCGGGGCGCCGUGCUGGGCGACUGCAAGGAGCUCGCCGAGUCGUACCGCGCCGAGUGCCGCCAGCUGUACCCGUACACGCUGGCGUUCACGCCCCCGGGCUACGAGGAGAACGCCAAGAUCGCCAACGGAGACGUGUCCACGGAGACGGAGGAGCUAGCCAAUGAGAUGUGAGCGCCGACGGAACAGCGACACGAGAGCGAGAGAGAGAGAGAAGGAGAAGGAGAAGGAAUUGGGCCGAGCACAGAGCCUUGUGGUACGCCCCGGCGGCCAUCUUUGUCCAGCCAGACACACGGGGAGGGAAAACGGAAAAAAUGGGUGUUUUCGUUCUUUUGGCGCCGCUUCAUCGGGUCGGUCCUGGCUCGGCUCGGCUCUCUCCCACGUGGUGGAAAUCAGGACUGUGUGUGUGUGUGUGUGUGUGUGUGUGUGUUUGUUGAGAGCAUGUGUGCGGUUGUGUAUAUUUGUGGGGAAAGAAGAGGGGGGGGGGGGGGGGGGUGAAGAGGAAGAUAACGGAAUGGCCAUUUUACUUUUUUUUUUUUAAUAAAGCCGACAUCCAAGCUGAAAAAUAAACGUUGUCAGACUGUCGGGACGAGACUGUGAUGGACCGACGCGUCCGUUUCCCCGGGAGAUGAUCGGCGACAGACGCCGACCGCACGAGUUCUGACACACUGCGUCUCCCCCCCCCCCCCCCCCUCUUAUUUUUAAAAAACAAAGCUCAUUUAAAUGAUAAUAGGACACUAACUGUCACUGGGGAGGGGGGGGGAGGCCGAGCUGAGUGGAUCUACUCUCUGAUGGAUCUGUAGGAAGCUGAGGAGGGUGAGGAGGCGGAGCUACUGAGGAUCAUCUGUAUCUGCUGUGUGGAGGACCUGAACAUGUGAACACACUUUUUUCUCCAUUUUUUUUUGUUCCACCCCCGGUUAAAAUUUUGUUUGUCUGUUUAAUAAUGGAGCUUCUCAUAGCACAGGUUUAAAAAAAAAUACUACACUGUUGUGUGUUUGUGUGCGCCAUUUCAAGUACAGCGAUUCUCUGUUUAACACUUUUUUACAUAAUUAUGAGCCAUUUGGAUCGAUCUAAAGCAUAAAGCAAUACCCUAGACGGCCUCCGGUCCGGAGGCGGAUCCCUGGAGCUCUUUACUGAUGACGCUUCAUCUCUAGACGCGGUUCUCCUGCAGAGCCGCUCGCGUCACUCGUUUAGAAACGGUUUUAUUAUGACGGCGUGAACACGGGGAAUGUUUCCUCUCUGAGGGGCUCGUUCUUCUCUUUCAUUCAAAAUGGCUCCUCCCCAAAAGGUCAGAGUUCAGGGUCCAAAGGUCCCGUGGCCCCCGAAGUGACGGAAGGGAAAAAUGUUACACGGCUAUUAAAUUUAUGAGCAUCUGGAAUUUUGUUAUAUAUAUUUUUCUCCCAUUCCUCCCUCUUUCCCCCCCCCCCCCCAAUAAUCUUAUUUUUCUUCCCCAGUUUUCCUCUUGAUUUGGGUUCUAAUGUGAAAGAUGAAAUCUCUGAGAUGGAAAUGUAUGAUAUCUCUGGAUUUUUAUUUUUUAUUAAAACCAAACUAAAGAAAACUUGAUUAUUCCUUUUCAUCUGUCUUGUGAAGCCACUGUUAAACACACACCUCGGAUGUGUACAAUUCAUACAGUUUGUUAGUUAAGUAUGGAUUUGUUAUUAAAAAAUAAAAUCAAAGCCAGAGUUGGUUUACAAACUAA